AUGGCGCCAAGCCCCAACCCGCGCGAACCCUUGCUAGAAGAGGCGGGUAGCCCGAGUAGUACUAGCGUAACCCCUAGCGCGCCUUCCGUUCUCACGCAUACAAAUACCUCUGCCCCAACUGGCCGAAAUGGCAGGAACGACGCAACACAAUUCGAAACUGAACACCUCAUCAUCACCACCACCACCACCACCACCACCACCACCAACAUCACCACCACCACACCCCGCCCUCCUCCUCAACCACCAACCUCCACCUCAACGCACAACAAUUCCCCUUUGACCAUUACGGAACGGAACAGAAAGGCUGAGAAGAUGUCGGACAAGGAAUUUGGCAGAACGGCCGCCACCGCUGCGGCAACCACGACCGCGACGGCUACCCCGACCUCGAACUCAAAAUCGACUCCAAAGCCGACGCCGGCGGCUACGGAAGACGAGAAACCAGCGAGACUCGGCAUGUCGCUGCGUGCACGGCCCGAAACCGUCUUUCCCGGCAUGGACGUGUUCAAGUCCAAAGCGCCGCCCAAGGUGAAAAAGAGCCGAGUUCCCGCCAAGGCGAAAUCCUACAGCGAGGACGACUUGGGCGGCAUCGUGUAUCCCGGAAUGGGCCUGUUCGACUCGGCCACGGCAGAGAUGAAGUGGCUCCGGAACCAGCCGAAAAAUCCGAAACUGCUACAGGCCCUCAUCGCGACGUCGCUGCAGGUCAGGUGUCCGGAUCCCGAAUUGUCGGUUUGGGAUAUCAACGAUGGUCUGAAGAACUCGGGCUCCGCCUCUAAGCCGCAACCGCAACGCCAACCCCAUCCCCAACCCUCAGGCAUCAUCUCGAAGCCGCAACCCCAACGCUCAACCAUCAUAUCCAAGCCGCAAUUGCAAUUCUCGGGCAUCAAUUCCAAACCGCUACCUCAAUCAUCAGGCGUCACGUCCAAGCCGCAACCUCAAUUCCCGGGCGCCAUGUCCAAGCCGCCUCCUCAAACACCUCGUCAGAUUCAAAACCCACCGCCGCCAGCACCAUCACACCCCACGCUCUAUCACUCCUCGUUCGCACCUCCCACCAAGAUCAUAACUCCUCAGGCCACAAAAGAAGUGAAGCUGCCACCUACCGAGACUCUUCCCGUCGAGCCCGCACCCGUCGAAGCUCUCUUCCCUCCUUCGCUCUUCCAUCAAAUGCGGAUCUCUGCGCCAGAAGAUGAAGACGAAGCUACAGCUAAGCCAGUACCAAGAGUUCGACCAGUGAUCGGGCGUCGCUGUCUGGUCUGCAACAUCAACCUCAUCAACUCGCCCAGCGGUGAUUAUCGUAUGACCUGCUUCCGCUGUAAAUUCGCCGAGAGGUUCAACACACUCCCUCCCUUGGCAGAAGGAACGCGAUUUUGCGACAAAGAGCUCCACCACAUCCCAAUUUAUGCGAUUGACUGCCCUCGAUGCCGUCACGAGGUCCCGGAUGGCAAUAUUGAUGCUUCCGUUCGCGGUGACCACUACUCCACCGUCAUCAAAUUUGAUAAAGUCCUCAACUCUGGGGAGGAGGAAAAGCCCUUCAUCAAGGUGUGGACUUUCGGUCACGGGAUCAAGGUCGACCCUCAGAUUGAGUACGGGCUAGAAUAA